AUGGGUAAAGGUAUUGCUAGACAUGGGUUCAAGAGCGGUGUUUUACCGAUUACUAGAUCAAUUUUGAAGAACCCAACUACAAAGCAGGAGAAUAUUAUCGCUAAGGUCAAUGCACCAAAGCCAAAAGGACCUCAAGGUAUAGGGUUCGCUGAAGGUGUAGCACACCCUAAGAACUCUCACAGGGAACCUGCCCCAGUGAAAUUUUUGGAUGUUGAAGAGUUAAUUCAACAGACAGCUGCCGCACCAUCAAGCAUCAGAACUGCUACAACAUCACAACAGGAGACCAAGUUGCGAAAAGCAGAGCUGAGAAGACAGUAUCUAUCAGAAACUUUCCGUAAGGAAGAAAACAGACUCCUGUCAUUGGAAAAGUUGAUGAAGCAGAAGGAAGAAGCUUUGGAAGAAGAGAAGCGUGCCGAGCUAGCAUCUUUAAACGAAUCCAAAUCCUCAGAUUUGACCAUUCCUACUUUAGAGCGUAUAGUUGAGGGCCCUUUAAUGAGGCAAAGAGCACCAGACGAAGAAAAAUUGCAUCAAAUGAAAAGAACUUACAACAGAGAAUUAAUGGAAUUGAAGGCCAAGGAAAGAAAACUAGAAGAUUUACUGAGUCUCUACCAUGUUUCGAACGAAUUUAUCGUUACUGAGAAACAACUUCUAAGAAAGAUUGAUGAAGCUUUCGCCAACGAGGGCUCUGAUGUACUAAGAACCAGACUAAGUAUGGGAGCAUCCAGAAUAAGGUCUAGAAACGAAAGUAGCAUUGGCGAUGCGUUAUUCGGUACUGUUGCUGGGGGAGAACACGUUGGUUUGCCAUUAGUGAAAGAGCAUCUAAGCGGUGAAAUGAAGAAGUUCGCGGAAGAAGUUGAAUUGAAGACCAGUGAAGUGAUAGAGCGGAAGAAGAGCGACAUCGACACUAUUAUGCAAAAUUAA